CGCAAUCCUCUCCUCUCCAUGUUCCAAACAAAAACACUCCGAGCUCUCACCGACGGGAUUAAACUCACUCUUUCUGCGGAAACUUUGUCUUCUUUGACGGAUGGUUGAGUCCGCCGCCGCCCCGGGAAGGCGUCUCUGAGGCGAAGAAUCUGCUGCUUCCUGUCACUGAUUCAUCUGCACACCUGAGGAGACUCAGACAUCAGCACCUGAAGGCAGCACAUCCAAAUGAGCCGGCCGUCGCAGCCGAAACUAACCACAUCUGACCACAACGGCGUGAGCGUCAUCCAGAGUCAGGCCCACGCCGCUUCCUCCUCGGCCGUAGCCCGAGCACAGCAGGUCCCCCAGCUCGUCCCCGCAGGCCCGUCAGCCGGAGGCGGUAAGGCCCUCCCCCCCAGCAAGCUGAAGAAGCCCCCCGCAGACAAGGACAGCGACGAGUACCGCCAGCGCCGCGAGCGCAACAACCUGGCGGUGAAGAAGAGCCGCAUGCGCAGCAAGCAGAAGGCGAUGGACACGCAGCAGCGCGUCAACGAGCUGAAGGAGGAGAACGAGCGGCUGGAGGCCAAAAUCAAACUGCUGAGCAAAGAGCUGAGCGUGCUCAAAGACCUCUUCCUGGAGCACGCGCACAACCUCGCAGACAACGUGCAGCCGCCCGCCGGCGCAGAGGGCUCCAGCCCCGCCCCCAACAACACCGCCGCCAACGGGCAGUGAGGAGGGGGGGCGGGGCCACAGGGACGUUUGACCACAGUUCGCCCGCCGCAGCUUUUCUGGAAACUUCUGUCACUCGGGAAACCUGAACUCACACCUUCUUCUUCUCCUUUCUGCUUUUUUGUUUUUUAUAUUUAAUCUGUUUAAGCUCCUCCCCCACGCCAAAACGUUUCCCACAGUCCUCCGGGGAAAGUUCCAUCGUUAUCGCAGAAGUCGUGAAAAUGAAACCAUGAGGAGUUUUUGGACGUCUGCAGAAUGAAUGACUCAGAGGUCUGAAAGUGGAAACCAGUCCCGGUCUUUCUCAGGCGGUCUGCGUUUUAACGUGAGAGUGUCGUGGAAAAGUUUGAACAGACUCUGACAUCACGUAUGGUGAACAGUCACGUGUUAUUGAUCGAUGGAUUGACUGAUCGGUGGACGUGAGGAGCUCCUACAAACUGAGACGUGGUCCAGUCAGAGAAACCGGACCUGCAGGCGUCUGUAGGAUACAAACGCACACUUCCUGUCGGCUCCCGUAAACCCGGCGGCGUGACGCUUGACUUGCUCUCCGCCGCCGCAGGAUGAAGAUGUAUAUGGUUGAAUUCCCUUUUUUAGGAUGUGUAUUUUUUUCUUUUGAGAAGAGAGUUUUUGAGGUGGUUUGUUCACUACAUGUCGAUGUUUCAGCAGCGAGUCUGAAUUUAAACUGAAAACACCUUUUUCACUCUGCAGAGCGGAAACGCACGAGGCGAAACCGCUCAGUCGCACUCUGCUCGAGACGCCGCGAGAGAACAGAAUCCUCCGCAGCAGCCGGCUGAAUUCACCGAGUGUUUGAGGCCGAGUCGGUCAGUCGAGUCUUUCCUGCAGAGAGGAAACAACCUGGGUCGGCCGUCACGUUUGUGAGUCGCUGCAGGCCUCAUAUUUUAACACAGUACAACGUUGUGUUUUUCGCAGAAUGCUGACUAAUGCAAUAAAUUUAAAUUUCUUACUGUUUUUCAACUGCAAAUUAAGGACAAACUUUGUCAGCAUCUGUUUUAUCAAAUAAGAUCAUUUUUAUUUUCAUUUUUUAUUGCAGCAGCAUGCAUCCAGUGGACUGAAAAAGCUUUUUUUUAUUCGUCGGCUAAAAAAAGUUUAAUUUGUAUUUGCCACAUCAUUCAUUUCUAAUAUUUUUUAAAAACGACUUUGCCUUCGUGUAUAGAUACAAUAUCUCCACCCAAAAUAUUGCGAUUCUGUGUUAUAUUGACCUUUUGCUCAGCUCUGGCUGAUAGGUGUGCAGGUGAGCUCACCUGCCUCGACAAAACUUUGCAGUUUAAACAUCAUUAAUUAAAAGAGAAACGACGGAGCCGAACACGGAAACACUGUCAAACAACACCAGAAAAAUGUGUGUAAAACAUUUACAUUUCUACCAGAAUUUGGAUUUUCCAUCGAGGUCGAGGAAAUACAAGUUUAUUAAAUACGCAGCGCUUCGUUAUCUGUUCGCGAUGGAAGUUUUAAAGAAGCAAAGAAACAAGUUUCUAAGAUGCAGGCAGUUCAGCACGGAAUCAGCGUUCUCAAAAAUCAGCCGUGAAUCUGCAUUUUUAGGACACGUUGAGCGUUUUAUGGUCGGACUGAAGCGACAGCAGACGAGUUUCCAUCACAGUCGUUCAAAACUUAAGCGAUAUUUAGUAAAU